ACGUGAUUGAAUCCCGUGCUGUGAUUGGAGGAGAGCUGUCCGUCCAGUAAAGCAGGAUCUCAAGACGACAUUGAGCUCCGCGCUGAAAACCACAACAAUGUUGUUCAGUAAGGUGUUAAAGGCUGGUGUGCAGACGGGGUUGAGGUUCAGCAGUGAUGCAGCUCGGGCAGCGACUGUAGUGAAGAGUUAUAAUGCUGGGUUCUCCUUCGAUCUGACAGAGCAGCAGAAGGAAUUCCAGGAAGUGGCCCGGAAGUUUGCGCGAGAGGAGAUCGUCCCUGUGGCUGCAGACUAUGACAAGAGCGGUGAAUAUCCGUUUCCUCUGAUCAGGAGGGCUUGGGAGCUCGGCCUGAUGAACUCUCACAUCCCAGAGGACUGCGGAGGGCUGGGGUUGUCCAGCUUUGACUCGUGUCUGAUCACGGAGGAGCUGGCGUACGGCUGCACGGGGGUUCAGACCGCCAUCGAGGCCAACUCUCUCGGCCAAAUGCCCGUCAUUAUCGCCGGUACCGAUGAACAGAAGAAGAAAUAUUUGGGCAGGAUGACUGAGGAGCCGCUGAUGUGUGCGUACUGUGUAACUGAACCCGGCGCAGGCUCUGAUGUGGCAGGAAUAAAGACUCGUGCUGAGAAGAAAGGAGACGAGUACAUCGUCAACGGACAGAAGAUGUGGAUCACCAACGGAGGAAAAGCAAACUGGUAUUUCCUGUUGACUCGUACUAACCCUGACCCUAAAUGCCCGGCCAGUAAAGCUUUCACAGGCUUCAUCGUGGACGUCGACACUCCUGGAAUUCAGAUCGGCAGGAAGGAGAUGAAUAUGGGGCAGAGGUGCUCCGACACUUGCGGCAUCACCUUCGAGGACGUCAGGAUCCCUAAAGAGAAUGUGCUGAUCGGAGAGGGGGCGGGGUUUAAAAUCGCCAUGGGAGCCUUCGACAAGACACGCCCUCCUGUUGCUGCAGGAGCGGUGGGUCUCGCACAGAGAGCGCUGGAUGAAGCAACUAAAUAUUCACUAGAGAGAAAAACUUUUGGUCGGUUUCUCACCGAGCACCAGGCCAUAUCGUUCAUGCUGGCCGAGAUGGCGAUGAAGGUGGAGCUCGCCCGACUGGCCUAUCAGAGAGCAGCAUGGGAAGUGGACGAGGGCAGGAAGAACACCUACUACGCCUCCAUCGCUAAGGCCUACGCUGGAGACAUCGCUAAUCAGGUGGCGUGUGACGCCGUGCAGAUAUUCGGAGGAAACGGAUUCAACAGCGAGUAUCCUGUCGAAAAACUGAUGAGAGAUGCCAAGAUCUAUCAGAUUUAUGAAGGCACCGCUCAGAUCCAGAGGCUCAUCAUAUCCAGAGAACAUCUCAGCAAAUACAAACAGUGAAACUCGCCGGUGUGGAGACGUGGAGCUUCUUCCUCCUGCAGCAGCACUUCACGGUUUAAAGAUUAACAUGUGGAUUAUUACAGACCUUCGUUAUAACUCGUUUAUAAUCAUUUAACUGAUGAAUCGUUUAACGAGUCGCUGUCCAACGUGUCUGACGUUUAUAAAGUGACCUUAACAGAUCACCAGGUGGAGAUCUUCAGGUUCUCUGCAUCUCUGUCCUCAACGCUUUUAUAUGCUAAUGAUUUGUUCAGUUAGUUUCAUGAACGUUAUGAGUAUCAGAUAACUCACAUGCACACACAACCGUUUGUGUAUGAUUGUAUAUUACGUAGAUUUUUUUCUGAGCAACUGAAAACAAAAAAGUGUGAAAUGGCAUUGAACACAUGGCUUGAGUUCUAGCUGUAAAUUGUAGCAUGCCUUCCUGGACAAAAAAAUAAACAAAUAAAGAACAAAGAAUGUCA